AGUUUUUUUUUUAUUAAAAAUUGAAUUAUAUUGUUUAUUUUUCAUUAAUAAAUUAAUUCAUAUAUCUUAAUUUAAAGAAUAAAUCAAUAUUUUUAAAACUAAAUUGAUAAUCAUAUAAACAAUUUAUCAGUCCAACCGAUUCAAUUAAAAAAAUUAAUAAAAUCUGCAAUCUAUCUCUGGGUCUCCAGCCACAAAGUCUCAACAACCAGGGGCCAAUCUCCAUUAAAUUGAACAGGCCCUGACUCCAUUACAGUUGGGUCAAGUUCAUUGGACCUCAAAACCCAUUGUUUGAGCUCACUAAGCAAUUUCUACAUAGAAAUUUUGUUAAUUUUCCCGAAGCUGAAAGCUAUUGCGGCAAGAUCCCAGCAGAAGAAUAUACAGAAAGGUAGAAGAUGAGUUCGGGGGAACCUAGUUUCGAAGAAUUGUUGGAGGAGAAGAAGCGUGUCAGGAACCCUCUUGUCCCUGUCGGUGCACUUAUUACCGCUGGAGUGCUCACUGCGGGGUUGAUCAGUUUUAGACAAGGAAAUUCUCAGUUGGGUCAGAUGCUGAUGCGAGCUAGGGUGGUAGUUCAGGGAGCUACAGUUGCUCUUAUGGUUGGCACUGCAUACUACUAUGGGGAUAAUCCCUGGAAAUCGAGUUAGAACACUCAGUUUCUUGGUUGCAACCAUUAUAUUGUUUUUAUUUUGAUAUGCAAUUUCUUUUUAUAGCUAUAAAUGUUGAACAAAAGCAUCAUACCAAGAAAGCAAAUGCCCUCAGAUUGAUAUAGUUUGGGAAUAAAUUAAAUAUGCUCUAUGCAUGUCUUAUUCUAA